CAAAGUUUGCUAAAUGAUAAACUUCAAAAAGCUUUCUAUCUUCUAGGCUGUCUCUAUUAAGUUUUUGAGUUUCUUUACAACUAUCUCGACAAUGGCGAUGAAUGACUAUGAAGUACAAAAGCAAAUAAACCAUAUGAUUGCAUUCAUUGAACAAGAAGCAAAAGAAAAGAUCGAGGAGCUGGAUGCUAAAGCUGAAGAGGAGUUCAACAUUGAAAAAGGACGAAUUAUCCACAGCGAACGUCUCAAAAUUAUUGAGUACUAUACAAAAAAAGAGAAAGCUAUUGAGGCCCAAAAGAGAACUCAGUGCAUGAACAAAAUGAAUAAUGAUCGAAUUGCUUUUUUGACAGAACGACAGGAACUUUUGAAUUCUCUAAUCGAAGAAACACGUCAACGAGUCAAUGAGAUGACCCACAAUGAGAAAACGUAUACAAAAAUUCUUAAGAAUCUCAUUUUAGAGGCAUUCUAUCAAACGAUGGAACCACAAGUAUUAGUUCGAUGUCGCGAAGUAGACGUGCCAUUAGUGCAACAUGUUAUGCCAAACGCUGUUCGCAAAUAUACCGAAAGAACUGAAACUGAAUUAACUGCAGAAAUUGAUACAGCAAUGUACUUACCCCCGUACUGUUCUGGGGGUGUUGAGGUGGUAGACGUUCACAAAAAACUGAAAGUGGACAAUACAUUAGAUUCAAGAUUAGACCGUAUUUGUAAGAAGCUAGAGCCUCAAAUUCGAGUGGCUUUAUUUGGUAAAAAUCCCAAUAGAAGGUAUGAAAUUUGAGCAUCCUAAAAGUAGUGCCUUCAAAUGUAAAUAAAUUAUAACUGUUGAAAAUAAACGGAAAAAAUUAAAAUUUUGCUUAA